CCACACCUCGCUCGCGCCAGUCUGCACGUGCGGUGACACUCUCCUUGCCAACCAAUUACAUACCCACUCAGCAAUUGAUCCGAGCGGAACACAAACGUCACUCGCCCAUUAACUCCCCGCACGAGAUGCCAGGCCUCUCCGUGUCAACCUCGACCUCGUCCACAUCGCCCACGCCCGUCGUGGCCGAUUGCCGAUCGGCUGAGCCGUCGCCUGCGGUGGCGGUCAAGUCGCUCCUUUCCAUGGGUACUCCCGCAUCGGCUGGCUCGGCGACGUGUAGCUCAACCUCGCCGAGGCCGCAAUCAACCUCGGCCUCGUCGCGUUUGAGCUCGUCAGAAGAUGCUCGGACCAGCGAUGAAGGCCCCGAUCUCAGUGUUGUGGUCGCCAUGCCCUCCAGCUCUUUGCGCGCGGCGCAAAACUCGAACGCGGCGCUCUCGCAGCUUCCAGCAGCGCCGAUGAGCAUGUCGCGUGCUGUCAACAUGAUCUCGCCGAUGCAGUUUGGCGCAACCAUGGGCAUUCCUUCGCCGCUUGUCUCGCCGAUGGUCUCCCCAGGCAUCGGUGCGAUGACGCUCAUUUCUCCUCUCUCCCUUGCCACGCCUGCCAUCCCCUCUCCGUAUCCGGCCGAUUCGUCGUCGGUCGUCCAUACCCACUCGAUGGCUGAGGAUGACGGCAAGUCAACGCGCCGCCCGCUCGACGACGGCUACAAAUGGCGCAAGUACGGCCAGAAGCACGUUAAGGGCCACGCGUUCCCACGCGCCUACUACAAGUGCUCAAAUACCGAGUGCAAGGCCAAGAAGCAGGUCGAAAUCCUCUCCAAGGAGUUUGAUGAGACGACCAAGCAGCAUGUCGUCAAGGAACAUGUGCUCUACCGUGGCAAGCACUCUCAUUCGCCACCGCAUUCACGCUCUGCCCACCACAGUGCCACGGGCCACGCGUCGGCCCUCUCGUCUGCUUCACCCUUCUCGGUCGCAGGGGUGCACCUGUCCGCCUCCUCGAUGAACCCGCAGAUGCCGAUGUCUUCCGCAUUGCCUGCGCAGGCUCAGCAGGCCGCCAACGCUCAGGUGUACUACCAGCAGCUGCAAGCUCAGCAGGCACAACAAGCCCAGCAGGCGCAGCAGCAGGCCAAUAUGCAGUACCGCAUGCAGCAGCAGCAGCAGCAGCAGCUGCUACAAUUGCAGUUGCUGCAGCAGGCCCAGGCUCAAGUCCAGGCCCAGCUCCAGGCCCAAGCCCAGGCUCGCACUCAGGCGCACUCCCCGCCUCAGUUCCAAGCUCAGCAGCACAUGCAGAUCCAGGCUGGCCUUGGUGUCCAGAACCAGGCCGCACAUGCUCACGCUCUCCAGCUGCACAACCACCACCAGCAGCACAUGCACCCCAACUACAACCUCUCGAUCAUGUCGCAGCACCCGGCAAGCAUCCCGCUGCCGUCCAACCCGCUGCCGUCGGCACCAUACCCCGCCGUCGGUGCCAAGCGGACUCUCGAUCAGUCCGGCGGCGUUUUGAUGCCGGGCGUUGGCAUGCCAGCAGCAAAGCGCGCUCACCUGCUUGACUCGACCGCCUCUGCCGCGUAUGCCAUGGCCUCGUCGCUAAUGGCACCGCAAUAACUAUGUUUAAAUUCUGAAGAGGGUGCGAGAGAAGUUUGCUGAUGCCAAGGCCGAGGUCGAGGUGGCGCGCGCCGCGCUCAUGACCGCCGAGAACGUCAACAAGUUGGCGCACGCCGAGGACCACUCCGGGCGCGAGAAGACGACAGCUGUAACGGCUAUGAUGCGCACGCUCACGGCGCACGACGUCAGGGCCGUCAUGAGCGGCGCCGCGAGCGUCCUCGACAUCAACUCGGUGCUCGACUUGGCGCUCGCGCCCGCCGAUCCGGAAGAGCGGCGCCCGUCUGCCGGUAGCCUGGAAAUCAAGCAUCAUCGCGUUGUUCACUUUGAGACGCGCGACAACGCGUCCGAACGACCGUACCGUUAAGGGUUAAAGGAGAA